GGUUGAGAGGCUGAGCUGGACCCGAGCUGUGGCUGCUGAACCCGCCAGGGCCCCCUCUCCGCCGCCCCUGGCGCCAUGGCGUGCAGCCUCAAGGACGAGCUGCUCUGCUCCAUCUGCCUGAGCAUCUACCAGGACCCCGUGAGCCUGGGUUGCGAGCACUACUUCUGCCGCCGCUGCAUCACCGAGCACUGGGUGCGGCAGGAGGCUCAGGGCGCCCGCGACUGCCCCGAGUGCCGGCGCACGUUCGCCGAGCCCGCGCUCGCGCCCAGCCUCAAGCUGGCCAACAUCGUGGAGCGCUACAGCGCCUUCCCGCUGGACGCCAUCCUCAGCGCGCGCCGCGCCGCGCGACCCUGCCAGGCGCACGACAAGGUCAAGCUCUUCUGCCUCACGGACCGCGCGCUGCUCUGCUUCUUCUGCGACGAGCCCGCGCUGCACGAGCAGCACCAGGUCACCGGCAUCGACGAUGCCUUCGAGGAGCUGCAGAGGGAGCUGAAGGAGCAGCUUCAGGCCCUUCAGGACAGCGAGCGGGAGCACACGGAGGCGCUGCAGCUGCUCAAGCGACAGCUGGCGGAGACCAAGUCUUCCACCAAGAGCCUGCGGACCACCAUUGGCGAGGCCUUCGAGCGGCUGCACCGGCUGCUGCGCGAGCGGCAGAAGGCCAUGCUGGAGGAGCUGGAGGCGGACACAGCCCGCACGCUGACCGACAUCGAGCAGAAAGUCCAGCGCUACAGCCAGCAGCUGCGCAAGGUGCAGGAGGGGGCCCAGAUCCUGCAGGAGCGGCUGGCUGAAACCGACCGGCACACCUUCCUGGCGGGGGUGGCCUCACUGUCCGAGCGGCUCAAGGGGAAAAUCCAUGAGACCAACCUCACCUACGAAGACUUCCCGACUUCCAAGUACACAGGCCCCCUGCAGUACACCAUCUGGAAGUCCCUGUUCCAGGACAUCCACCCAGUGCCAGCCGCUCUGACCCUGGACCCCGGCACUGCCCACCAGCGCCUGAUCCUGUCUGACGACUGCACCAUUGUGGCCUAUGGCAACCUGCACCCACAGCCACUGCAGGACUCACCGAAGCGCUUCGACGUGGAGGUGUCUGUGCUGGGCUCUGAAGCCUUCAGUGGCGGCGUCCACUACUGGGAAGUGGUGGUGGCAGAGAAGACCCAGUGGGUGAUUGGCCUGGCACAUGAAGCCGCGAGCCGCAAGGGCAGCAUCCAGAUCCAGCCCAGCCGUGGCUUCUACUGCAUCGUCAUGCACGACGGCAACCAGUACAGCGCCUGCACGGAGCCCUGGACGCGGCUCAACGUCCGGGACAAGCUCGACAAGGUGGGUGUCUUCCUGGACUAUGACCAAGGCUUGCUCAUCUUCUACAACGCCGAUGACAUGUCCUGGCUCUACACCUUCCGCGAGAAGUUCCCCGGCAAGCUCUGCUCCUACUUCAGCCCUGGCCAGAGCCACGCCAAUGGCAAGAACGUCCAGCCGUUGCGGAUCAACACCGUCCGGAUCUAGUCCAGGCGCCGGAGACCACAGCCUUCUGGGGCCACUGCCACAGCAAGAGCCCUGCCCAGGAGAUGGGAACCCUGGACUCUGGCCCACCUUGGCCACUCUGAGACCUCAGGCCAGUUGUUUACCCAUCAGCCUCCAUUUCUCUGUCUGUAAAAUGGAAUUUGUGCCCCAUGAUUCCUGAACUGUCUUCCAGCAUUGGUGUUCUGUAGCUCUGACCUUGAUGGGGAUACAGCUUUGGUCCAAGGAUGUGACUUGGCUUCUCCUCAGGGCAACCCCUGCCCAACCCUCAUCCCCAUCCUCUCAGGGGCAGGGGACUACCUCCCUAUGUCUCCCUCCUGCCCAGCUGCCCUGGCCUCAGGAAGUGUCGGAGUGUGGCCAGUGGUUGGCAACCCAAAGGAUACACAGAGCCCUCUUACGCUCCGUGGCCUAAGACCUGUACCUGACCGAGCUAGUGACGGGCCACUUUACCCUUGACCCCGGCCCACAGUGGACACAGGCAGUAGCUGGUCCUAGGCUUGUCUGAGAACCACCCUCUCCUGUCACCCCCAUCCCAAGAACUAUAAGGUUCCUGCUUUUCCCAUGGAUCUGCAGGUGAGCAGUGGUGCUGGGGGGUGUGGAAGGUACCCGGUAGUUUGGCCCAGAUGUUGCAGUCACUGUGCCACCACCUUCCACCCACAGGCCUAAGGGCAGGAUGAGGACACACCCCAGGCUGAUACAGAGUCCAUCAGCCUAAAGCCACCUGCAGAGCAAGCCUCACCCGCAAAUCGAGGUCCGCAGCAGCUCUGGACAAGGGUCCAGCCAGCCCUCAUCAGCCAGACCCCGUGACCUUCUAGGGUGUGGGGCGACUGCUGGGAAUAGUUGUUACAAUUAGGACCCAAGCGCUGGGAGGAGCUGUUGGCUGGGACCCCUCGCCAGACUUGGCAUCUAUCUCAGUUAGGAUCCUGUUGCAGAAAACAAGAGCCACUUUAGCUGGCUUAAUUAGACAAGGAUUUAUUACCCGGUCCCUGGUGGCUUGCAAAAUCCAUGGAAGGGCUGGAGGAGCAGACUCGACUGAAUUUCCAAGAACAGCUCCCAGCCACCAAAUUCAUCAUGUCUGUUGUGACCGGGAAGGCUGCUCCUGUCUGCAGGAAGCCACUGCAUCAGAAAGCUGCUGACGGCGGAACUGUGCUCCCUCUGCCACCAGCCGUGCCAGCAAACGGAUGUCCUGAGGCCUGCCGCUCUCCCACUUAACCCAGUUUCCAAACCCAGAUCUCUACGAGGGAUUCUUUCUGGGGACACUUAAGUCAGACCCAGAACCUUGGCUACAAGAGAGUCCGGGAAACGUGAUUUUCACCUUCCCAGUGUCAGCCACACAAAAGGCUCUGUAGGAGGCAGCUAGGAGGGGUGUUCAGCAAGCCUAUCUGCAUUUGUUGCCACGGCACUCGUGAAGAACUCAGGAGAGACUGGAGCCCACCUCUAGGCCUUGUCCUGCCCUGUGGCUCUGUCCCUGCCCAGAGGCGGGCACCCGCGGAGUGGGCUGCAAGACUGAGCCGAAACAUCUCCCGGCCUCAGCUUUUCCUCCUAGUCGUGGGGCCUUGACUCUGUACUUGGGGUUUCUGAGCACACCACCCCAAAGGAGCCAGAAGGGCUGGACUUGGGGGGCUCUUACUCAACAACUGCUGCCCACUGGGGCCUCCCUGAGCAAGAAUAAUCCUCAGCCCCACCCCACCCCUUCCACUACCAGAAUCUGGGCCACCCCAGCAGUAUUUUUAUUUAAAAUGUUGCCCAUUUUGUGAGUUAUGAUUGAUUUGUAUUAAAGUUACAGGAUGUCA